AUGUUCUCCGUUUUGAAGGAGAUGGUGUUGUUACGAAAUACCAUUAAAGGUGCGGUAUGUGUUGCUGGCUGUGCAGUAUUGGCUGCAAAGCUAAGGGAUGAUAAUACAUUUCGGAAGGUUCACUCAUUUACUGGAGGAGAGGCGAAGACUUUCGAUGAUCACUUCCCUCGCGGUACAUGGAACGAUAACUGGGACUUUCGAUCUCCAUCGUUCCUUUUGAACAAGAACAAAUAUGAUAAGGCUUCUGAUGAAGAAAAAAAGAAAAUGGAAGAGGCCGUGAAGGCUACUGCUAAUCGGAAUAUCUUUCUUAUCCGCCACGGACAGUACGAGUUGGACAACGAAAAGAAAAGCCUUACUCCUUUGGGUAUGUUUUUUUUUUCAGAAUUGAUCGCCAUUGUUCAUUUAAGUCCAUCUUUCAAAUGCCAUUUUUAAUU